AUGGGUGGAAACAAGCCAAAUCGAGCUGCGAAAGAGAAUAAUGUGGACCAGGGAUAUUGGAAAGCUACGGGGAGGGAUUAUGAAAUAAAAGACAAGAAUGGAAUUGUUAUUGGAUUAAAGAAAACUCUUGUUUAUUAUGAAGGAAAGCCGAAUCAUGGAAUCAAAACUGACUGGAUCAUGCAAGAAUGGAGGAUCAGAGAACUUCUAAGAAGUGUAGACAAACACAGCAAGAACAAAGGAAAAUCUGAUAUGAAGUUGGACGAUUGGGUUUUAUGCAAAAUCUACCUAAAUAGACAGGGCACUAAGAAGCAAUUAGAGAACGGCCCAGCAAGAAAACGUCCCUCCAUUGAUGAAGAUAUCAACUCAUUUAUGGAAAACGGUGACUACGAAUUUCUUGAUCAGGCCCAUCCUGGGCCGUCUAUUCGCAGAUCCCCACCUAUCCCUCUGAAUCAACCGUCGAAUUGCAGAUCUUCGCCUGUCCAACUGAGUGGGCCAUCGAAUUCCAGGCCUCCAUCGAUGCAACCCCAUGGACCGUCAAUUUCCAGGUUCACGCCUAUGCAACUGAGUGGGCCAUCUGAGCUUAUGUCCCCACCAAUGCAACACGGUGGACCGUCGAAUUUCAGAUCCGAGCCGUUGAAACCGAGUGGGCCGUUGAAUUUCAGGGCCCCACCUUUGCAAUCAAGUGGAUCGUCGAAUUUCAUAUCCACAGCUACACAAUCAAGUGGGCCAUGGAAUGUCAGCUUCCCACAUAUGCAACCGAGUGGACCAUCAAAUGUCUUCUCACCUAUGCAACCGGGCCCACUGCUCAAUAACUUCAACAACCUGACAAUGCCAAAUGAACGAUCAGAUCUUGCCUACGACACUGAUCAUUCUGGGAUGAACGGUGUCCACGAUUAUGACUUGAUGGGCCCAGCACCACUCACGGUCCACGUUGAUGGCUUGAUGGACCCACCACCACUCGCUAAUGACUGGAUGGGCCCAGCACCACUUCCAUUUCCACAUCUAGGGAACAACUUCCCACUCCAAUCACAAGCAAGUUUCAAUCAGGUCCAGGUAGAUCAGUAUCCAAAUUCACAAUCUUCUUAUUUCUAUGAAUCCCAAAUCGAAUCUGGACCGUUCACAUCGCAGGAAAUUUCAAAUGAAGAACAUGAGGCCCGUUUGGUGAUCGAACAAGCAAAUCUCAUGGAUGGAUCAUUAGAUAUGGAUACGUUCAUCACAGAUGAUUGGUCCAGCUACUGCACCCAGCUUGCACAACAACUUGCGCAGCAAUGGCCUUCUAUAUGA